GUAUGGUGUGGUCCUGGUCGCUGGUCACGCGGUGGCGGGGGCGCGGCUUGCUCAGAGCCCUGGAGGUUCCUCUCGCGGUCCGUGCAAGCGUGUUGGAGCGGCGUUGGCGGCUGGGAACGAUGCUGGGCCGGAGUCUCCUAACCUUGGUCCUCCUGACCGUGGCCGUCACCUGCGCCACGGCGCAGCACGCGCCGCCGUGGACGGAGGACUGCAGAAAAUCAAUGUACCCUCCUUCUGGACCAACCUAUAGGGGUCCAGUUCCGUGGUACACCAUAAAUCUUGAUUUACCGCCCUACAAGAGAUGGCAGGAAUUGAUCAUUGACAAGGCACCAGCGCUAAAGAUUAUUGUGAAUUCCCUGAAGAAUAUAGCAAAUGCAUUUGUUCCAAGUGGAAAAAUUAUGCAGAUAGUGGAUCAAAAGUUGCCUGGUCUACUUGGCAACUUUCCUGGCCCUUAUGAGGAGGAAAUGAAGGGGAUUUCAGAUAUUACCGGCAUACCUUUAGGAGAAAUUAUUUCAUUCAAUAUCUUCUAUGAAUUUUUUACCAUUUGUACUUCAAUAAUAACAGAAGACAAAAAAGGUCAUCUACUACAUGGGCGAAACAUGGAUUUUGGAAUAUUUCUUGGGUGGAAUAUAAAUAACAAUACCUGGGUCGUAACUGAGGAACUAAAACCGUUAACAGUGAAUUUGGACUUCCAAAGAAACAAUAAAACCAUCUUCAAGGCUUCAAGCUUUGCUGGCUAUGUGGGCAUGUUAACAGGAUUCAAACCGGGACUAUUUAGUCUUACACUGAAUGAACGUUUCACUAUAAAUGGCGGUUAUAUGGGUGUCAUAGAAUGGAUUUUGGGAAGGAAAGAUGCCAUGUGGAUAGGGUUUAUCUCUAGAUCAGUUCUGGAAAAUAGCACAAGUUAUGAGGAAGCCAAGAAUACAUUGACCAAAACGAAGAUACUGGCCCCAGCGUACUUUAUCCUGGGAGGCAACAAGUCUGGGGAGGGCUGUGUGAUUACACGGGACAGAAAAAAAUCUUUGGAUGUAUAUGAACUCGACUCCAAGCACGAUAGAUGGUAUGUGGUUGAAACUAACUAUGACCGUUGGAAAAAUCCCUUCUUCCUUGAUGAUCGCAGAAAUGCUGCAAAGACGUGUCUAAACCACACAACCCAAGAGAAAAUGUCAUUAUCAACCAUAUAUGAUGUCCUGUCAACAAAACCUGUCCUCAACAAGCUGACUGUAUUCACAACCUUGAUGGACGUUACCAAAGGUCAAUUUGAAACUUACCUGCGGGAUUGCCCAGACCCCUGUAUCGGUUGGUGAGCACACACCGGGCCUGUGGAACGCGUUCUCUGUGACACGAAGAUGGGCGUUCGCUCCCAUGUGGCCACUAGUGCAGCCAUCUGAUCUCUCUCCAAAGACUAGGACUCAGGGCAGGUUCUCCUGUGAGCAUGAGCUUGUCCUUCUUGGUAUGUUUACAAUUCAUAGGCUAUUUUUGCCGUAACAGUUGAUGUUUGUACUUACAGAUAAUUUAAGUGAAGUACAGCAAUCAUUCAGAAUUUGCUGAGAUUCAUUUCACUUAAGACAUUUGGGGAUGGGGAUGGGCGAUUAAACCAUUGUGAGACCCACUUCCAUGGAAUAAAGUAGGAGUCGCUGUGGGCACUGAAUCCAGUAUAUCCAUGUUAAGAAAGUUUUACAGUAAACAGUCCACAUUAUUGUUUUUCACGUUUAUCUACAUAUUUGUAUGUUUUUCUGUAUAGCAGUCGUUUCCUCCUGGUUCUGCUACUAAAAUUAACAUACUGAUGUCCGCUGUUUGUGACAGCAAUGUAAUUUCACUAACUUGGACUAGAGGGGGAUGAGACAGACAUUCAUCUGUAUAUUUCUCUUAAUGGACAAUACCUGUGCCUUUGACUCUAUUUAAAUGUAAGUACUUUUUGGGGCUCAUGAAGUUAUGCGAGGCAGUCUUUUAUACACAGAAUUGAAGUGUUUCCUUUUUCAUAAUUACCCUACCUCCCAGCAACCCCAGGAAGUUAACUUCAAAAACAGAGUCCCAGGUUCUGUGAAUUAAUAGUAAGAAAACAGGUCAAAGUUGUGGAAAAUGGAAGGUGAACCCAUUAUUUUAAACUCACUUAAGUAUCAUUCAUUUAAUAAACAGGUUUUUAGAUUUUCCUUCUAAUCAAUACAUAUUUUUUAAAAUCAAUAGUUACUAAAAAUGUUUUUCAGAAAUCAAUAUAUUUGUGAAAAAGUGCUAAUCAAACUUGUUAACCUUUCAAACUUUCACAAUGAACUGUGAAAUGCAUGUCAGUUGAGCACAACUGUAUCCACUUCAUUUCCAUAUAUUGUCAGUUGUAUUCAUGACAUUCAAUAAACAAGUCGUUGGAAAUGG